AUGGGUUACAGCGGGAGCCCCGGCACGUUCGCUGGAGAAGUCAAAGCUGCCAUUGACGCCAAAUUUGGCGAAGCUUCAAGUGGCUACGGGAACGCGAUGCCUUUGUCGGAUGCUCCGUUGUUCGAAUUGCUGCUGUCGAGUCGACAGCCUGGCGAUGAACAUGUCAACAAGGUAUUACCGCCACGCCGGCUGGCAGACCAGCUACUGCACACAUUCUGGCGAUGCAUACACCCUGUCGAUUUUCUUCUCGACAAGAAGCGAUUUUGUCGGUCUUACGAUCUGCUGUUUGCUGGGAAAGAGUUGGAAACAGAGGAACGCAUUUUCAUUGCCACCUUGAACAUCGUUUUUGCUUUCGCUACCCAAGCAAAUGAGCCCGCCACCGUCGCGGAGAGGAACGAGGUGGCGGCUACCUAUUUCCAUAGAGCUUGGAACCUCCUGCGUCCGGAGUCCAUUCUAUGGGAGUCGCCGUCGCUAGAACUGGUAGAAUGCCUAUUACUGAUGAGCCGAUAUCUUCAGUGCACAAACAACCCCCACCAAACUUGGAUGGCAGUGGGCUCGGCAAUCCGAAUUGCGCAGAGCCUCGGAAUCCACAUCCCCAGAGCACCAGAGGCUGCUAUGUCGAGCGAUGAGUAUUGCUGGCGCCACCAUCUUUGGAACUGCUGUGUGUUUGCCGACUUAUCAAUCUCGUGGGUUCAAGGUCGCACAACGAUGGCGUCGCUUGUCAGCCAACCCAGCACAGGCACGGGGUGUUCCUUCAGGGACUCUCUGAUUGAAACGCUCGAGUUGUACGACAUCGCUCGCCAUGCUCUGCAAGCACAGGCUCCUGCUGGUGGCGGCUUUGCUGAAAGGUUUGGCCUGCACGGGACGAACCACAAGAAGGAAUCUUACUGCACCGUGGUUCUGCAGCACGAGACUUGCUUGAACCAAUGGGAAAAAGCGAGACUAAACGUCAAUCUAGAUCAGAGCAAUGAUCAUGACUGGAAAACGCGGAGACUCAUUCUCCAGACCAGGCUGCUACACGCUCGAAUCAUCUUGUUUCGCCCAAUGGUCGCUCGCUGUUGCUUCUUGCAGCAAAAUCCUCUUGUCGCUGCCGAAACCCAGUUUGAGUCCUCCUACAAAGGCCACAUGAUACGAUACGGGGCUAUUAAAUGUAUCGAAUAUGCUCAAAAUCUGAUAACCUUGAUUGACGAGAAUUCCAAGACCACCGAAUCGAUUUACAUCUUGCCAUGGUGGCAUCGCAUCUUCUAUCUCCAUGUGGCAGGGACGAUUCUACUCGCAGCGAUGCAGUCUGCCAAUCUUUUCACAGAGGCGGUAUCAGACAGCUGGCAACAAGCUCUGGCAACCUUCAAGCGACAUGAGCACCUCAGUUCAUACAUACUGCAAUGUUCAUCUCUACUUCAUUCUCUGGCAAGAAAAGCCUCCCACAUCCGACAUCCGCUUGAAAACGCCGAAGUACUAGGAGGCCUGUCAGACGCACAGUUCCAUGACACAUUCGAAGACUUUGGCUUUCAUACAGACGCUUUCCUUUUUGACGAACCCGAUGAGUCCUUGUUCCAAUCACUCUUGAGCGGCUGA